AUGGUCGUCCUACAAAAAUCGGAUAACCAACUUUACGCAGAAAUUGUUCGAUGUUUGAAACAGAAUUUUCGAUCUGAGUUUCAACCGCCUUUUGUCGCGCCGCAUCGCGAACGAAAAGUCCGAAUUCGAACGGGGUGUCAUUACAAAUCGCAAUUACCGGAAGACCAUUGGCGAGAAAAGGACAAUCGCAAUGUAAAACAGAGUGUUCGAGGAUUUUAUACGCCGGCUCAUGUUCCGUAUGCUUCAGUUGGAGAUGUUUGUUUGGAUGUAAAAGACCUUCGCAGUGAAAACAGUUGGCGGUGA